UGACUUGCAGUCUGAAUAAGAGAACCUCCCCGUUACUAUUACGCGAGUCGGCCGGACUGAUUUCUGCAGAGUAACCCAGGUUUUCUGAACGUUGACUGUUCGACUUUUCUUCUUCGGUUGCAUCUGCGAAGUCGGCUUGAAAUCGGAAGAACAUGGGCACUGCGAGGUACGACAGAGCGAUCACCGUCUUUUCGCCGGACGGCCACCUCCUCCAGGUCGAGUACGCUCAGGAAGCCGUGAGGAAGGGAUCAACGGCGGUUGGUGUUAGAGGUGAGAACUGUGUUGUUCUUGGUGUCGAGAAAAAGUCUAUCGCCAAACUUCAAGAGGAGAGGACUGUUAGGAAAAUUUGCCUACUUGAUGAUCAUAUUGUCAUGGCAUUUGCAGGUCUAACAGCAGAUGCUAGGAUAUUAAUCAACCGAGCUCAAAUAGAAUGUCAAUCGCACAAGUUAACUGUCGAAGAUCCAGUGACAGUCGAGUACAUAACUAGAUACAUAGCCGGCCUGAAGCAAAAGUACACACAGAGCAAUGGUCGAAGGCCUUUUGGCAUUUCCUGCCUACUCGCUGGUUUCGAUUUUGAUGGCACGCCCCAUCUUUUUCAAACUGACCCCUCAGGAAUCUUCUAUGAAUGGAAGGCUAAUGCCACUGGCAGGGGAGCAAAGGCAGUAAAAGAAUUCCUUGAAAAAAAUUAUGAGGGAUCUGAUCUCAAGUCUGAAGAAGGAGUCGUCAAACUAGCUGUCAAAGCAUUACUUGAAGUAGUUCAGUCUGGAAAGAAAAAUUUAGAAGUCGCUGUUAUGCGGCGUAAUGCACCUCUUAAGAUGCUGGAUGUAGACACAAUUGAUAUGUAUGUUACGAGUGUCGAGAAAGAAAAAGAAGAAGAGGCUGAGAAAAAGAAGCAAAAGAAAUAAGAAAUUAUUUUCUUAAAUAGUUUUUAAUUUCAUUAUUUUUACACAGGCAGAAUAACAAACCAAUUAUAAAUUUUUCAAUACAUU